UGGCAAUAUAGGGAAUAGAAUAGCAAAUCUUAUGAGGAUGAUGGAAGUGCAAAGAAGAUAUUUCAGAUGCAAUUUCUUCCAGCUUAUCAGUAUAAUAUUUAUCAUAGGCCGUGUUAUACUCUUUCUUGGCCAGUUCCCCUGCCGGGUGGGGGCCGAUGUGCACUAUUACGAUUUCGUAUUGAAGGAAAUUAAUGUUACAAAACUCUGCGUGACGGAGACCAUCUUAACAGUGAAUGGUCUUUUUCCUGGACCAGUAAUUCGAGUACACAAAGGAGACACGGUGUAUGUAAACGUCACUAAUCAAGGGAUUUACGGUGUCACUCUUCACUGGCAUGGGGUGAAACAACCUCGAAAUCCAUGGUCAGAUGGACCGGUGUUCAUUACCCAAUGUCCAAUCCAACCGGGAUCAAAUUUCACGUAUGAAGUCCUCUUCUCUGAAGAGGAAGGAACCCUUUGGUGGCAUGCCCAUAGUGAUUGGACAAGGUCAACUGUUCAUGGUGCGAUUGUCAUCUUACCAAAAGAAGGAACUACGUAUCCAUUUCCAGAUCCCGAUGGGGAAGAGGUAAUUGUGUUAGGUUCCUGGUAUAAGGGAGAUUUGAACGCGGAGGUAAAUGAAGAUCUAGAGGAAGGGGUCGAUAUUCCCCAUUCCAGUGGUUAUUUAAUCAACGGGAAACUCGGAGAUUUUGCUAAUUGCUCCACAAGUACAACGUAUCGUUGGUCGGUUGAUUACGGGAAGACAUAUCUUCUUCGGAUAGUUAAUGCAGUGAAUGACGAUUCACUCUUUUUUGCAAUCGCGGAACACAACCUCACAGUCAUAGGGAUGGAUGCAGCAUACAUAAAGCCUGUAGUGACAAGCUAUAUCAUGAUAAGUCCAGGGAACACAAUGGACGUGCUAUUCACAGCAAACAGGCCUCUUGGACACUACUACAUGGCAAGUCGACAAUUUUUGACUGAAAAUGCAAUACUAGACCAUAAUAACGGCACCGCGAUCAUUGAAUACACAGGAGACUACAACUUCUCAUCCUCCCCGAUUUUCCCCCACAGCCUCCCUGAAAAUCUAGAUAUGGGAGCUGCAUUGAGAUUUACUGGCUUCAUCAGGAGCCUGGCAAAUGAGGAUUAUCCCGUAAGCGUCCCAAUGAAUGUGACCACAAGGAUGUUUAUAGUGGUAUCCAUGGGCGAGCUUUGCAGGAAUCGUACACAUUGCAAUAUCACUGCAGGAAGUGAGAACAUUCUAGGUUCGACUAUGAAUAAUAUCAGUUGGGCCAACCCGAUGGUGGACGUCCUUGAGGCUUAUUACAGGAACCUAAGUGGCUAUUACACGAUGGAUUUCCCAGAUUUGCCUCUAACCAUGUACAAUUUUACUGAGGAUACAACUGACGCGGAUAUUGUAUUUACAGAUCAAGGGACAAAGGUUAAGGUUUUGAAUUACAACGAAUCUGUGGAAGUAGUGUUCCAAGGCACUGCUUUACUUGGUGGGGCUGGUGUUCAUCCAAUGCAUAUGCACGGCUACAGCUUCUACGUGGUAGGGAUGGGCGGAGGCAAUUUCAACAAUGAGACAGAUCCUUUGACAUAUAAUUUGGUUGAUCCUCCAAAAGUUAAUACUUUCAUAGUCCCUAAGGAUGGAUGGUCAGCCAUCAGAUUCAUCGCAAAUAAUCCAGGGGUGUGGUUUUGGCAUUGUCACUUCGAUCGGCACCUUAGUUGGGGUAUGGACACGGUUUUCAUAGUGAAGAAUGGACACACGGAGGAAACGAGCAUUCGUCCGCCCCCUUCCAACAUGCCUCUGUGCACUGGCCGGUAUCCACAAGACAUCCUCAUAAGAAAAUGGAACCAUCACUACAAGAAGUACCCCUAUUAGAGACAAAUGAUGGGAGCCAAUUAUAAAAGGAAAAAUAACAUGAUGUAUCACAACCUUUGCAUAUUAUCUUAGUUUUAUCCCUAUAUCGGUUUUUUUCUAAGGCAUCUAAUGUUAAUAGUUUCGUUUCAAA